AUGAGAAUAUCACCAGCCUUACUACAACGCUCGAAACAGCUCAUAGAUAAGUACGCAUUGUAUGUCCCUGAGACAGGUUUCUUUCCUAAGGGUUUUGAAGUAGGCUGCAUUGCAUCCGGAGUUAAGAAAAAUGGUAACUUGGAUCUAGGUGUCAUCUUGAACACCAACAAAUCCCGUCCCUCCACAGCUGCAGCUGUCUUCACCACGAACAAAUUCAAAGCGGCUCCUGUUUUAACCUCAAAAAAGGUCCUCGAGGCUAGCUUGGGUAAGGGCAUUAAUGCGAUUGUGGUCAAUUCAGGCUGUGCCAAUUCAGUCACUGGAGAUCUCGGUAUGCAAGAUGCUCAGAUAAUGACUGACUUGGUCAACGAGAAGAUCGGUGAGAAAAACUCGACUUUGGUCAUGUCUACAGGUGUCAUUGGACAACGAUUACAAAUGGACAAGAUCAGUAAUGGUAUCAAUAAGAUUUUCAACGAAAGGAAAUUUGGCAGUGAUUUUAACUCUUGGUUGAGCGUUGCCAAAUCAAUCUGUACCACCGAUACCUUCCCUAAAUUAGUUACAUCUAAAUUCAAAUUGCCCAGUGGUGCCGAGUAUACCUUAACAGGUAUGGCCAAAGGCGCAGGUAUGAUUUGCCCCAAUAUGGCCACCUUACUAGGGUUCGUAGUUACAGAUCUACCUAUCGAAAAUAAGGCAUUACAAAAAAUGCUAACUUUUGCUACCACCCGUUCAUUUAAUUGUAUUUCAGUUGACGGUGAUAUGAGUACUAACGAUACCAUUUGCAUGCUCGCUAACGGUGCCGUUGAUACUAAAGAAGUCAAUGAAAGCUCUGAAGAUUUCGAACAAGUGAAAUUGCAGGUCACUGAAUUUGCCCAACGUUUGGCCCAGUUAGUUGUUCGUGAUGGUGAAGGUUCGACAAAGUUCGUCACCGUGAACGUUAAAAACGCACUGCAUUUCGAAGACGCUAAGACAAUUGCAGAAUCAAUUUCGAACUCGAUGCUGGUUAAGACUGCAUUAUAUGGACAAGACGCUAAUUGGGGGAGAAUCCUAUGCGCCAUUGGGUAUGCUAAGCUGAAUGAUUUGAAGUCAUUGGAUAUCGAUAAGAUCAACGUUAGUUUUAUCGCCACUGAUAACUCAGAACCUCGUGAGCUGAAGCUUGUUUCCAAUGGUGUUCCGCAACUAAAAAUUGACGAAGCAAGAGCCUCUGAGAUCUUGGCUCUGAAUGAUUUAGAAGUAUCGGUCGACUUGGGCACUGGUAAUGAAGAGGCCCAAUUUUGGACUUGUGAUUUAUCUCAUGAAUACGUUACCAUUAAUGGUGAUUACCGUUCAUAA